AUGAGACCAGUAGUUUCUCCGGGAAAAGCAUGGUUUUGCACCGUGCUAUCUGCAUUCGGUGUGGUAAUCCUUUCAGUGAUAGGACACCUUUUCAAGACAAACCACGAGUCCUUUGUUGGAUCUAUCAAUGAUCCUGAAAACGGUCCUGCCGUCGCACAUACUAUAUUCCUGGCAGUAGGCGUUUAUGCUGUGUUUUUUGUGUUCUGCGGUUCCCAAGUGUACCUUUCACAAAGAAAACCAUCAGUGGAACUACGUUGA